UCUUUUCUCUCUUUCCAACAUAUCAUUUCGUCAUCCAGCUGUCUGUGGAUCUGCCAGCAGAUUAUCACGAGCGUCACCCAACAUUCAAAAACUGCAGGCAGUCUACUAAUUCGGAUCACACACUCUCUGUAAGUACGUAUGCGUGGGCCCUCUCCCCCUUCCGACCUUGGCAGCCAAAGCACAGUUUUCAGGACCAGCCUUCCCCCUGCCCCUCAUAUCGCAGCCCAUGCAACUCGCGAAGACCGUCUCCCAUCAUGGCGUCCUCUUCUAUCGAGAUGAUUUGGCAGUCGACAGUACGUUCUCAGCAUUCUGCCGUGCCGAAAGGCGCGGCGCGUGACUCGAUGGUAUCGGCAGAUUCCCGCGACUUCAUAUACACCGACGCGCAGGACUUUGUCGAUUCAGUGAGUCAGACUGAGGAAUCGGCUCUCCCUGAGCGACCGAUCUCCCCUGUGCAAUCUACACCCCUCAAGAGACGCGUCUGCCCUGUGACGACUUUCCGUCGUAAGGCAAAGAUCGUGGCAUCUUUCGCCCAGGCCGGGCCGUCGACUGCCUUGCGCCACAAGGCGCCAGCCCAGCCGCUGCCGGGCGCUGCUGUGGAGAGCUCAACGCAUGGAUACACCAUGUCGGGGGCGUUGGAUGUGGACGAGCAGCCAUUCCAUCAAGCGAGUCCAGGGCCACCCCAACCAUUACCACAACUACCCCAACAAACAUUACCAUCACUACUUGGAGAAAUAUUACUGCGACCAUUACCGCAAUCACCGCAGCAAAGACCCCCGGACCCUCAAGCGGGGGUUCAAAGGGGCACAAUCGGAGCGGGGGCUAGAUCUUGGACAAAGGCUAACAAGAAAGCAGUCAAAAAAACCAAGCAAGUCAGAAAGCCACCAAGCAUGUUCAUUCUAGGACAAAACUCCAAGCUCCUGGGCGUUGGCCACGUCCUUCUCAAUGUUAUCCGGGCUCUCAACCUGAUCGGCCUGGCCGCCGUGAUGAUGGCCAGCAUGGUCAUGCCAAUUCUGUCCGGCAGGACGAACCACUUUUACUUUUUCGACAUGGCGACUCACAUCUUCGUCUUUCUCUUUGCCACUAUCCUCUUCGUCUCGGAGUUGCCCUUGCCGCGGCGGUGGCUAAUGCGGUGGUUUGAGGGUACCUGGCCGGUUCUGGGCCCAAACCACUCACUCGCGUGGCUCGGCGUGGGCAUGAUCUUUAUUGGAUUCCAGAUUCUGGGAGACCUCUGGAAACCGGCGUAUGUCGUCGAGACGAUCGGACUCGAGUGGUGGCGCGCCAUCGUCGCUGCUAGCAUCCUCUCGGUCACAUUCGGCUUCUUCAACAUCAUCGCCUCCAUCAUCUUCCGCACCGAAACGGAAACCGGCAUGGUCGUCACGGUACGCCAAAUCCGUCACUACGGCAGCCUCGCGGUGAGCAAGGCCACCAAGAAGAGCAUGGACAUGGAACAGGAGCGGAGCCUCAAGUCGGACUAUUCCCCGGAGCAUCGCGACAAUUGGCCGGCUCAUACCUGGUCCAAGGUGGAGGAGGCGGUGGGGCCGUCGGCGGCGGUCCGGCGCAUGACGCGCAUGCUCAACCCCAUGAACUUCCGCAAGUCGCGCAUACAGAUCAGCAAGCCAAUCCCGCAGGACAUGGACGACGUCGAGCGCGGCUACAGCAGCCACAGCCACGGGGACCGCGCCAGCCCCAUCAUCCCGGACCUCCAGCGGCCGCCGACGGCGCUGCAUCCCGCCAUGACCGGGGGAAGUCACUACAGCGCAGCGCACAUGGAUCGGUUCUAAGGGGCUGCUUGAAGGGUGAUGGCGACAGGAAAACACUUUCUUCCUGGGGCACUUCCUGUCUCUCGUCAUAGACACGAAAAGUCAAUAAUUAGUAGGUUAAAGGGAUUUAGCUUGAUAAACGGAUCUGUGAAGGCAGAUGGAUGGGUGUUUUGGAGUCUGGGCUGCUUUCAAGUAUACCCGCUGCUUCUUUUUGUUUUCAAAUGGACAUGGGCUAGGUGACAGGGAAAUUUAAUAUCGUGAAUUUAUGCUCAGAUCCGGAUAUGAAAAUAACCAGAUUAAGCAAUGGCAGAGCACCAAAGUCAACAUCAA